AUGGAAGAACAGGUAGCAAAUGCCAUUGAGAUCGCCUGGAAUCCGUCAUCCGACCAAGCCCUGAAGUCGCAAGCUUUCGACUACCUUAAUCAGCUUCGCUCCGAUCCCUCCGGAUGGCAGGUAUGCCUAGCCCUCUUCACCAAAACCCCACAACAACCUGAGGUCGUACGGCAUGUGAGCUUGGAGAUCGUCAACAGCGCCGCCCAGGCUGGUCUUAUCGAUUUGGCAUCGUUGGGUGUUGUGCGGGAUGGAUUGAUGGGCUACCUCCGCCAGGUAUACGGGCCCGACGGUAUCGCUACGCCCGAUGCGACCUACAUUCAGAACAAAAUUGCGCAGACAAUCACCUUCCUCUUUUCUGCUCUUUACGCAAACGGUUGGGAGUCUUGUAUCGAUGAGCUCCUGAGUCUGACUUACAAGUCCGCCGCCAGCACGACCCGGGAUAACGCACUUGGAAUUGUGUUUUACUUGCGUGUGGUGAACUCGAUUCACGAGGAGAUCGGUGAUGUAUUGGUGUCUCGAUCGCGCGGAGAGCAGGAUAAGGCAAACUCAUUGAAGGAUUUGAUUCGGGCACGGGAUAUGCAGAAAAUUGCUAGCUCCUGGCAAGAGAUUCUGUCUCAAUGGCGGGAUGGUGACGAUACGGUUGUAGAGAUGUGCUUGAAAGCAGUCGGCAGCUGGGUCAGCUGGAUCGAUAUCGGUCUUGUUGUGAACCAGACCAUGCUCGAUCUGCUCUUCCAGCAACUCGGACGGGCCGAGAAGCAGGAACUACGUGAGGGAGAACAGCGGGUGCGCGAUGCGGCUGUUGAUGUCUUCACAGAGAUCAUCGGCAAGAAGAUGCGCCCCGCCGAAAAGAUUGAGAUGAUUGUUUUCUUGAACCUUGACUCGAUCAUUACGCAGCUCUCGAACAGCCCUCCCCUCCGCGAGAACCGAUUCACCUUCAAGUACGAUACCGAUUUGGCGGAGACUGUCGCCAAGCUUGUGAAUAUCACUGUGAUGGACAUUGUGCGGGUGCUAGAAACCGACAACAGCCCGGUGAAGGAGAAAGCGGAUGAUCUCCUGCAGGUUUUCCUACCACAUAUGCUGCGAUUCUUUUCGGAUGAGUACGACGAAGUCUGCUCUACCGUGAUUCCCGGUGUCAACGACAUGCUCACCUACCUCCGCAAGCUUUCUAAGACGAACCCCGCAUACCAAGAGCGGAACAAGACUUUCCUCCUCCCUAUCCUGAAGGCCAUUAUUGCCAAGAUGCGCUACGACGAGACCUCAAACUGGGGCGAUGAGGACGAGCAGACAGACGAGGCCGAGUUCCAAGAGCUGCGGAAGAGGCUAGGUGUGCUCCAGCAGACAAUUGCUUCAGCGGACGAGCAGCUUUAUAUCGAUGCCAUUUCAGAAGUCGUUGGUACAACCUUCGAGAACCUGCGUGCUUCCGGCGGUCAAAUCGAUUGGCGUGAUUUGGAUCUGGCUCUGCACGAGAUGUUCCUGUUUGGCGAUCUUGCCGUCAAGGGCGGCGGCCUUUACCAGAAGAACCAGCCCACUGGCCCACCUGCAGUUCGACUUAUUGAGAUGAUGCUCCGCAUGGUUGAGUCUGACAUCCGCUCCUUCACCCAUCCGGCAACACAGCUCCAGUUCAUGGAAAUCUGUGUCCGGUAUAGCUCCUUCUUCCAGCACCAUCAACACCUUAUUCCCGGUGUCCUGGAGAGUUUCCUUCAGCUUGUUCACCACCCCAUUCGUAGGGUGAAGACCCGUUCGUGGUAUCUUUUCCAGCGUCUCGUGAAGCAGCUGCGCGCUUUGAUUGGCAAUGUUGCCCAGACUGUUGUUGAGGCUCUGAGUGACUUGCUUGUCAUCCAAGCUGAGUUGCCCUCCGAGGGCGAAGACGGUGAUGAGAUGUCGUCUGAGGACCACGAGGGGUCUGCUGAUGCUGUUUUCAACAGCCAACUGUAUCUCUUCGAGGCUGUCGGCAUCAUUUGCUCGACCAACGGUGUGCCUGCUGACAAGCAGGUUCUCUACGCCCAGUCAGUGUUGAACCCUAUCUUCUCUGAUAUGGAGCGGAAUCUGGCGGCGGCUAAAGCCAAUGAUGAGCGGGCACUGCUCCAGAUUCAUCACGAUAUUAUGGCGCUAGGCACUCUUGCCCGUGGCUUCUCCGACUGGAUGCCCGGUACUAGCACCCCGGCUGCUCUACCGGCACCUGAAGUUUCUGAAGCUUUCUGUCAGGUGGCCGAGGCCACUCUGGUUGCCCUCGAGUCCCUCAAGGCAUCCUUCAACAUUCGAACUGCGGCUCGCUUCGCUUUCUCCCGACUAAUUGGUGUUCUCGGUGCUCGCAUCCUGCCCCAACUCCCCCGAUGGAUCGAUGGCCUUUUGACCCAGACCUCUUCGCGUGAUGAGAUGGCACUGUUCCUGCGCCUUCUGGAUCAAGUGAUCUUUGGAUUCAAGGGUGAAAUCUAUAGCAUUCUUGAUACGCUCCUGACUCCGUUUUUGCAGCGCGUUUUCUCAGGCAUUGCGGAUCCCACGACUGGAACCGACGACGAGAUCCAGCUUGCAGAGCUCAAGCGUGAGUAUCUUAACUUUUUGCUGGCCGUCUUGAACAAUGACCUGGGUGCGGUCAUUAUCAGCGAGAGAAACCAACCCAUCUUCGAAACCGUCAUCACCACCAUCGAACACUUUGCCAAGGACAUUGAAGACUUCACAACCGCCAAGAUGGCUUUCUCAGUUCUGUCCAAGAUGGGCAGCUCCUGGGGAGGACCCGAUAUCGCCCCUGCGAAUGGAGCCACGACUAGCCAGACCCAGCUGCCCGGCUUUGGCGGAUUCAUGAUCUCCCGAUUCUCGCCCUUGUGCUGGGCACUUCCUACUACCCCAUCCUUCAACUCCAAAGAUGCGCAGGCCAAGCAGGUUCUUGCCGAGGCAGGUGGAAUGCAGCGCAUCAUAUACAGCAAGACAGGCAUGGAAUACGCAGAUUACCUGCGCAAUCAAGAGCUUCCCGGCAUGGGCAUGGGCGCCGAGCUGAUUGAAGAAUUCUUGACGGCUUUGAGCCAGCUGGAUGUGAAGGGAUUCCGGCAAUUCUUCCCGUCAUUUAUCCAGCGAUUAAGCGCAUGA